AUGGACUAUUACAAGGCUCUCAUCGUAUUAAUUGUCUAUCUAUGCCUGCGCACAAUAUACCGUCUGGCGCUGCAUCCUCUUCGCGGGAUUCCAGGACCAAAAUUAGCUGCCUCCACAAGUCUGUACGAGUUCUAUUAUGAUGCUAUCAAGGGCGGGAAAUACAUCUGGGAGGUGGAGCGGAUGCAUCGACAGUAUGGGCCCAUAGUACGAAUCAGUCCUAGGGAAGUGCAUAUAAAGGAUCCAUACUUUUACGACGAGAUAUACACAAGCAGCAGCAUUCGGAAGCGAGACAAGGAUUCCAAACUCGUCGCCUCUUUUUGCGCCCCAACUGCUUCAUUCUCCACAGUUGACCACAACCUUCAUCGAUCCCGCCGAGCUGUUAUUAGCCAUCUAUUUACGAGAAAGGCCGUUGUGAGCCAUGAAUUUCUAUACAAGACAAUGUUGGCAAGCUAGCCUCCCGGCUAGAGUCUAUACAUAAGAAAGGCUCCGUUUUUAGCCUCAAAAUAGCGGCUGCGGCACUGAUCAGUGAUGUCCUUGCGCAGUAUAUGUAUGGGACGAGUACUCACUAUCUGGAUGACCCUACGUUCAGGAGUGAGUCCGUUGCAUCAGCCACCGAAUUAGCAUCGAAAAUUCAUAUCCUGCGACAUAUCCCGGUUAUUGCUACUAUCUUUCAACUCCUUCCAUUGGCUCUGCUGCGCCCGUUUCGAUUACUCUCAGACUUCUGCGACUUCCGGCUGUGGCUUCGAAAGCAAUCCCAGGAUGCACUUCAAGGCAAAGGCGGAUCUACGGUGCGCCGUGGUCCCGUUUUUGAUGCCUUGUUGAGGGCCAAUGUGCCCGCAGAAGAAAAAACGCUACAGCGUUUGGAAGAUGAGUCUUUCACACUAUUUAGCGCUGGCUCGGAAACGGUUUCUCAGGCUCUCUCUGUGAUAUUCUUCCACCUUCUGAAGAACGCAGAGUUCAUUAAGACUUUACGCAAGGAAUUAAAGCAAGUGAUGCCCAUGCCCGAUCUCGCGACUUGGUCGGAAUUAGAGAAAUUGCCGUUCUUGACCGCUGUUAUUACUGAAGCACUUCGCCUCUCGGGAACUUCAGGUCGACUGCCUCGAGUAUCUCCGACGGAGCCGCUGAUAUAUGGAAAAUACAUAAUUCCUGCGGGGACACCAGUCGGGCAGUCCAACUAUUUCGCCCACAGGGAUCCAGCGAUGUAUCCCAAUCCAAACGCAUUUGAUCCCUAUCGUUGGAUCCAUGCGGAGGAUGAGAAUACCAACCCGAAACCAUUCUAUGCUCCUUUUUCCAAAGGCAGCAGACAGUGUAUUGGAAUAAAUCUGGCCUAUGCAACCUUAUACUUGACCGUAGCCACGCUAAUACGGCGCUUCGAUAUGGAGAUAAGCGAUUCGACAGAAGACGAACUUCGAACAGCGCGGGACUUCCUGAUCCCAUUCCCGGAAAAGGGUCAAGCAAUUGUUAAGGCCAGGGUCAAAAAUGUCCUGACUACUUGA